GGAGAAGUAAAAGCCUUUCCGUGCGGAAGAGUGUGCUGAAGCCACCCGCUCUGGAUUGGAACAAGAUCUCAAGUCCUUGAUGUCGAAGCGAGAAUAGUUGGCUAUAAGUUCAUGUAAUUACUCUAGUUCUUACAUGGCUCAUCGAUUCAAGCAAUCAAUCACUUGUAUUAAUUUGUUCUACUCGUCACUUCCAUCGUACCACUUGUUCACUCAAAAUGGGCAGUCUCAACUCCUCAUCUCAGGGGCUCUCUUUCGAGGAGCUCCCGACCUCUUUCCGCGAGUCUUCUCUGAUUGGCGCUGAAGUUCAUCUGCCAUCAUCUAUGAAUAUCCUGGACGUGGACGGUUUGUCAGAAGAAGACCUUGCCACUUUCAGAAGAGCCCUAUUCGAAAACCAAGUCGUGGUCAUCAGAAACCAGAAGGGUAUCGCACCUGAGACUCUGCCCAAGCUGACCAAAGUCUUCGACCCAACUGCGACUGAUAUUCAUUCUGCUGGUGAGAAGGCUGUCAGUGACCCUAGGAAUAUUCUGUCGGCCUACAAGGCGGGAAGGAUUCCUAGAGUACCGCAGGUGGGUAUCAUUGGGAGCGGCAAGUUUCAAGAUUAUGAAGGAGUGGAAGAAUUGGAGGUUAUUCAUCUGGAUCACACUUUGUUCCAUGAGAAGCCUCUAUCGGAACAGGAGCUCAGCGAUGGAUACACCCGUCCAUAUCGGUGGCACAUGGACACUCCUUUCUACCAGCGUUUGCCCGGCGAAGUCACGAUCCUUCACGCGGUCAAGGUGCCGAACCUGCCUGAUCAGAAACUAAAAUUUCCAGACGGGAAAGAAAAGAGCAUUGCGGCUGGAUCCACAGCCUUCUUCUCAGGCGCGCGAGCAUUUCAACUGUUAACCCCGGCCGAGCAAGAGUUUGCUCUGAACACGACCGUAACAUACGCUCCUCAAGCCUACGAAUACAUCAGGCAAUGUAAAGCGACUGAAGACGGCCUGUCAAUCCCAACGAUGGGAAAAGAGGUACCCAUCGAGCAACUCUCCGAAUGGUCUUGGGAGAACGUUGCUGAACAUCCCAUGGUCUGGCGUAACCCCCUUAACCCUGACCGACCAUUCCUCCAGGUCCACGGCUGCUGCGUAUUCAAACUGACAACCCGAGAUCCGGCGACCGGCCAGAUGUCAGUCGUAGACGACUUAGCCAAAGUCCGCGAAAUCGUCUACGGCUUCCAGAAGAGAAUCUGGGCGGCGGAGAACAUCUACGCCCAUCGGUGGGAGGAAGGUGAUGUCGUGAUCUUCCAUAACCGCGGAGUUAUGCAUAGUAUUACUGGACAAUUGUCCCAGUAUAAGGAGGACGAGGAAAAGAAGAGAUUGAUGUGGCAGUGUACGAUGACUAGCGGCACGGCGCCGCAGCCCUUCAGGAAACAUAUAGGGGUUGUUGAAACUGGGUUUGCCAAGGUGGCAUGAGCGACGGCUGUAGCAAGUGUAGCACAGCAGACAAUGCUAGGAAUGUUCCCUAGUCGUAUUAGAGUUUGCUCGAUUCGAUCUUCGACCAAAAAUCCACAAAUG